AUGAUCCAUCUUCCUGCUUCCCAGGUCAUUUUAUAUCUUUCCUUUUCUUACUUUUGUUUUUUCUUUUCUUUUCGCUUUCUUUUUCCUUUCUUUCUUACUUUUUUCUUUCUUUCUUUCAUUUACCCUCUUUAUAUUUUUCUUUUUUUCUUUUUUGUUAUCUUUACAGUUUUUUUCUUUCUUUUCCCCCCCUCAUUUUUUUCUUUUUGUUCCCUUAGUAGUUCUAUAUUUUCCUUUCUUUUAUCCUCUUUAUAUUUUUCUUUUUUCUUUUUUGCUGUCUUUAUAGUUUUCUUUUCUUCUUUCUCUCUUUCUUUCUUUCUUUCUUUCUUUUACCCUCUUUUUUUUUCUUUUUGUUCUCUUUAUAGUUUUUUUUCUUUUUCUUUCUUUCUUUUAUCCUCUUUAUAUUUUUCUUUUAUAUUUCUUCCUUUUUUAUUUUCUAGCCUUCCUUGGCAACCAAUCCAGAAAUGCUUCGAUACUUUAGGUACAUUUUGUUUGAUCUCUUUGCCUACUUGUGUAUUUUUUACUUCAUCUUAUCUAUUUAACGUUCUGUUUCUUUUUUCUAUUUCACUUUUCCGAUCUUUCUUUCUUUCUCUCUUUCUUUUUGUUAUCUUUUUAUUUAUCUCUUUCCUUUCUUUCUUUCUUUCUUUCUUUCUUUCUUUCUAUCGUUCCUUUUCUCUCUCUUUUUAUCUUUUCUUCUUUUCGCUAUCUUCCUGUUUUCUUUCUUUCUGUCUUUCUUUUUGUUAUUUUUUUUUAUUUAUCUCUUUCUUUUCUUUCUUUCUUUCUUUCUUUCUAUCGUUCCUUUUCUCUCUCUUUUUAUCUUUUCUUCUUUUCGCUAUCUUCCUCUUUUCUUUCUUUCUGUCUUUCUUUGAUUCUUGUUCUUUUUUACUCACUUUCAUUUUAUCUUCUUUCAUUCUUCCUUUAUUUUCUUUCUUUUCUUUUUGUAUUUUCUUUCUAUUUUUCAUAUAUACCGCCUCUUUUUUUUUCGCUAACUUCUUUUGCAUAAUCUCCCCUCUCUCCCUAUCAAUCUCUAUCUCCCACUCUUCCACUUCUUCUCUCUCUCUCUCUCUUUCUCUCUCUCUCUCUCUCUAUCAAACACACACACUCCUAUAG